UCCUCCAGUGUAGAUGCCGCCUUGUCUGGCCCCCCAAAGGCUCCGGCUUCUCCACCCGCGCCCUCUCGCCUCCCCUCCCUUUUCUCGGAUGUUAGAGGGAGGCGGAAAGCAGAGAGAGAGAGAGAGAGAGAGAGAGAGAGACCUAGAGAGAGGCUUGUGAGAGAGAGCCAGACCCCGUUUGCGUGUGAGGGACUGGAGGGCUUAGGCUCUGGGUUCUUCCGAGGGGCAAGGUGUCCCUGGGUGGCAGGUGAGGCUGGCAAGCCGCGGCUCCUCUCCCUUUAAGACACGCGAUCCUUUCCCCCGCCGGGGAGGCAUUGAAAUAGACUCUCGGUACUUAACCGUAGUGUAUAAGCGAGCGGGGCUUUUCCUCCUCCCGUUCCUACGUUACCUCUGCUUUUUCCUUUCUGCGCCGGAGAGAAAGAGAGAGCGAGAAAGAAAGAAAAGAGGGAAAGAGAGAAAGAGGCACCUUCCCUGCAAGCCUGCACUCAGCGACCCUCCUGUUGAAGCGCCCCGGGAGCUGCGCAUCCCCCCCCCUCUCUCUCUGGAUCCCUUUCCGAUGGUUUAAAAAGCGGGGAAAGAAGGGAAAGAUGACAGGCUCGCCAUCCUUGAAACCUUGGCUACUUUUCUGAGAAAGGUGGAGGAAGAAACCCAGGCUCCUGGAAGAGGAUUUGAGCGGGGAAAGGAAGAAGGAAGGGAGCAAGAAGAAGACAUAUCCAACCCUCACUCAACAUUUGGACGGGGGGAAGAAGGAAGAAGAUCCUUUUCUUUUUUUUUUGCUUCGGUUUCUCUCAUUUCUCUCUCUCUCUCUCUAUUUUUCCCCUUCGGUAUUUUUUCCCCCUGAUCGUGGUGCAAAUGGAUGUGACAAAGUGUUAAAAGCUUUUCCAAUGACCGCUCCUGGCGCGCUCUGCUCGAAGGGCUUGCAAGACUCAGAGAAUGGCCAUGGUCUCUUCAACGUCCUGGGUCCUGUAUUUGUGGAUAAGUGCAUGUGCCAUGCUACUCUGUCAGGGCUCCCUCCACCACACCUUCCAGCAGCAUCACCUGCACAGACCAGAAGGAGGAACGUGCGAAGUUAUAGCUGCACAUAGAUGUUGUAAUAAGAAUCGGAUCGAGGAGAGAUCACAAACAGUAAAAUGCUCCUGUCUACCUGGGAAAGUGGCUGGCACAACGCGAAACAGACCAUCAUGCGUUGACGCAUCCAUAGUUAUUGGGAAAUGGUGGUGUGAGAUGGAGCCCUGCCUAGAGGGUGAGGAAUGCAAGACAUUACCAGACAAUUCAGGAUGGAUGUGUGCAACUGGCAAUAAAGUCAAGACCACCAGAAUUCAUCCGAGAACCUAACAAAAAAAUCUUCUGACAGCAGCCAGUGAAGGAUCCCCUGAUAGUCAAGAGGACAAAGAAUAUUUAAACUUUAAACCAUCUCCAGCUUUUACAAGCCAAAUGGGAUUUUUUUUAAUUUGCACUUUAACUCUGUACCAGAGGAAACUACAGUGUCUUUACUUAAAUGGAGUUAAAUACCCUAGGAAAGUAACAUACCAGAUCUGACAGCAAAAGCACAAAAACUGAGAGAGAAUGUGAAGAGGAAGAGAAGCAGUUCUUCUUGAGAAAAUUUGAUCAUUUGGAGACAUGAGCAAGAGUCAUAUUAGUGUGGAUUUACAAUUUCUUCUUUGUACCACUUUAAAAAUAUAUACAUAUAUUAAGGUAUUUUGAAAUAAAAUCUGACUCUUUGAGAAACUAAGCAGAACCACACUUUGCUGCAACUGCUUUGUAACUGUUUUGUUUCAAGUUUUUUUUUGUUUUUGCUUUUUGGGAAAAAAAUAGUAAAGAAGAUGAAGAAAGGAGACAACCGAAAGAGAAUAGUGACCAGGAUUUCUACUUACAAAAGGACUGAAGUUUGUUCUUUUUAAUAAUUAUGAUUUCGAUUUUUUCAACUGGACAUUCAAUUCCAUUUUCUUGUGUUCUGGAGUACUUUUUCUUUUUCUUUUCAUGGAACAUUAGCAUGCUGGCUUUGCUUACAUUAAACAUACUUUAUACUUAAUUGCUAUGUAACACCAGUUCUACCCUCUUCCAAGGACAUCUUUUGGAACAAUUAGCUGUCCCAGAAAGAAGGAAACGACUCCGUCCCAGCAUUUUAAAAAGGCACAGUCUCCAUUUGGACAUUUCUUUGGCAGACUUUUGGUAGACAGUGGGCAACCUUAUUAAAGAUGCAGUGUACAGAUAAUUGUCUACAGACUUUGUAAAGCUGGCAUAGACAACUCUAGUAAAAACAAACAAAAACAAAAAACAAAAACUGAUUACUAAAUUCAAUGGUUUGUUGUUUUUUCUGAGAAUUAUUUUUUCAUGUUUGAUUUUUUAAAGGAUAAGUUGACAUGUGCAACAUAUUGGGAUUUUUUUCUCUGUAACUAUAGUGAAAAGCUCAGAUCACAAUCAUAUUGACUGGGAUGGAAUAGUAUUUCAUUAAGUCAGAGGAAAAUAUUUAAACAUGCAGAAGAAUCACAUUGAGACUUCUUUUUU